UCAAUCACUAUUUGGAUCCCCCAAUACAAUAGGACAGUCAAACAACUGCCAGAAUCACAUAAACCCCGAAACAACAAAAACCAUCGUUGAAUCAAUGUCCUAAAACAACACCAAACAAUCGAAUUUUCAGGUAGUGUUCCUCUAAUGGUUCUUGUCCAAUCUUCAAAAAUCUCCCUCCCUUCUUCUUCCACACCAACAAAUUCUUUUCUCUUCGAACCCAAUUCCCAUUCUCUAGCUUUAAUGCAUUCUGAUUCAUCAGUUUCUGUCUUCCCCUCCCUUUCUUUUCCUUCACUUUCCUCUCUCCCAAACAAACCCCAACCAACCCUCGUCCCCUCUCCUUCAUCUUCCUCAUCUUUCAUUCUCCUUCAGCAAGACAGCACCAACUUAAAUAAUCCUUCUGUUCUUUUUCUUACCGCUGGCCCUUACAAGGGUGGGUCUCAGAUUCUUUUCAGGCUCUUUCUAUUGCAAAAAGAUCGUGUCUUUAGCAAAGUUAAUGCUGUUUGCAACCAAAAAGGACUCGACUUUGAUGCAAAGCUGGGUGUUUUGAUGGAUGUGAAUCAUGGGGUUUCGUUGAAGAUUGUUGGGUCUGUUAAUUUUUUUGUUAUGUAUUCUGUUUCCAGUAGGAAAGUUUGGGUUUUUUCUUUGAAGCUCAUUGGUAAUGGUGAUGUUGUGAAAUUGAUGAGGUGUGCUGUUAUUGAGUGUUGUGUUCCUGUUUGGUCUAUUAGUGCUUCUUUUGGGUUCUUGAUUUUGGGUGAGCAUAAUGGAGUUAGGGUUUUUAAUUUGAGGCAGUUAGUGAAAGGAAAUAGUAAGAAGAUUAAGAGUUCGAAUUCGGACUUGGUAAUUGUAAAGCCGGAGAGUAAAGGUUUGAAGUUGCCUAAUGGGAUGAUUGGGAGUGAUCAUCGUAGUGUUUCAGCUACUUGCAAUGGUUUGUUGGAUGAGAAGAUUGACAAGCAUUACAUUUCAGUGAAAGAGAAGUAUGUUAAAUGCAGACAAGAUUCUGAUGAUGGGGGUGCUUUUGUGGCAUUUAAGAGCAAAGAUGCUGUGGGUUUAAAAUCCCCUGUGAAGGCAGUAUCCAUCCAGGCUCUGUUCCCCAAGAAGCUCAUUAUUUUGGAUUCUAGUGGAGAUUUGCAUAUCUUGUCCCUGCCUAACCCUGUUGGUGCAUUAAACGUCAGGUUUCAAAUGAUGCAUUUGCCUCACAGCAUGAAAGUGCAAAAGCUGGCUAUUCUUCCUGAUGUUUCUUCAAAAAUUCAAACUAUCUGGAUAUCGGAUAGACUUCAUACAGUGCAUAUGAUGAUGGCAUCUGAAAUGGAUGAUGAAGUUAACAAAAAUGAUGGAGAUGAAAAUCAGGAAAAGCUAAUGCAAAUUUCAGUUAAUCAAUCAAUUUUUGCUGGUGAAAAGAUACAAGAUCUUGUAGCCUUGGGUGCAAAUGGUAUUUUAAUUCUUGGAGAAGGAAAUAUAUAUGCUUACGCAAUGCCCUGAAUUUACUUGCAGCAUCUAAUUUUAGAGGUCAUAUCAUAUUAUUAUCACAAUGCUGAAGGAUUACUAGAUCAGUGCUCUCAUACAUUGGCAUAUUCUCUCCAGUUAAAACGGUUUUGGUUGUUUUUGUGUUGCUGAACUCACGAGCUGUUACAUUUUAUUACUUAUAUUGACGGAUGAGAGCUUGUGGUCAUGUAGCUCGCUCUUGAAGGUAUGCAAUCUUUACUUUCCCUUUUGCUUCUGUAAGUGGUAUUAGAAUUUGAGUAAUUGAAUUGAAAAAGGAGAAGCGGCAGUAAUAGUAUGCUAGUAGAUUGAGAAUGGUUCGGAUAAAGAUGAUAAGGCAGAGGGAUUACUAAUACUAUAGGCAAGUACAGAUAAUAAAAGUUCCAUCAGUUUCUAAAUAGAAGUUGGGAAUUUAUAGAGUUUGGCAUUCAGCAUUUCUACAUGAUUAUUCUUUUAACUUUGGAGAUGAGUUAGAGAUUCUUGGCUUGAUUAAUUGCUAAGCAACCAAGAUAAUCACUAAAGGGGGAUUACCUAAUACAGACAUGAAAUUAUCUGUUGGUAUAUGAAAAUAACAGCUGCUUUUAGAGGUGCCUUUCUUUUUUCUUUUUAUCUAAGAAGAUUGAAAUGAGAAAACUAAAAACCAAGCUGUUCGAGGCACAUAACAUGCUAUGUGGCUCGCAUAUGUAGUUAUUGGAUUUGUACCCGCUGAAGGUACCCUUAUUUAUUUUGGUUCCUUUCAUUCUUGACUUUAUAGGAGCUUUUAGUAGGUAUGGCCAUUGCAGGACUAAUCAUUACUACUGCACUUGAUCUUCCUUUCCCCCUCCCCGUCUGUUCCUUCUACAACUUUCAUGCUCCAGUUAUGGCAGAGUAGGAUUUGUGCGUGUCUCAUCCUGAGUGCGGAUAUCAAGUUUUAAUUUCCUUAGCAUCUGCAUGUCAUAAUUCGUUUUCCUUAUUUUUUAUUCAACUUCUCAA